CUGGAGCGGGAGUUGAAUAGAGUUCCCAAUCAAGAGAUCUUAGAGCAUCAGAACAAACGACAGAUUGAACUCAAAUGUCUUCAGCUCACAGAGGAUAUGGAGAGCCAGGGCUAUUCGGACGGAGAGAUCGAGAGAGUGGUUGACAGCCGUCGCAGAGAAUGGACUCAAGAUAUGCAUCAGAAGAAGAACUACAGCGGGAAGAAGGAGUGGAUUAUGGAUAGAGAGGGUUCGCCACAAAAGUAAGACACC